GUUUUCGAUAAAAUGGCCGAGGAGCUCCGAAUGAACUGAUGAAAUGUUCUAAUAAUUUUCUACAUUUUUGAGAGUGUUUUGAGGCAUGCCGGUGGUCCAUCAUUUGUUUCCUAGAGUGCUACAAAGUCAGCUUGUGCCAAGCAGUUUCCGUUUGGUCUGCAAGAGAUGGAUGUCAGAUUCGAGAGGUUGUGAAAGUCAAAGGAACAUGAAAUUCAAUGUAUGCAUAGAAGGCAACAUUGGAAGUGGUAAAACAACAUUCCUGCAACAUUUCCAGGAUUUGAGACCAAUUCUAGAGGUAGUCGAGGAACCAAUCGAUCAAUGGCGAGACUUUGGAGGCGAGAAUCCCCUUGCUCACCUGUAUUCAGAUCCAAAAAGAUGGUCGUUCACAUUCCAGUCCCUCGUUACACUCACUUUGCUAAAGAAACAUGAUCAUCCGCAGACAAAGCCAUUGAGAGUGAUGGAACGGUCCCUGUACAGUGCCACGUAUUGUUUCAUUGAAAACCUUAAGAACAGUGGACUUUUGGCAGAUGUCGAAUACAAUGUGCUGACAGGGUGGUUUGACUUUCUGUUGAAACAGGGCAGAGUCAGUGUGGAUCUUAUAGUAUAUCUUCAAACAUCCCCUCAAACCUGUUUUGAGAGAAUACAGACUAGAAAUCGACCAGAGGAAAGAAACAUUACCUUGGAUUACCUGAACCAGUUACAUGAGUUACAUGAGCGGUGGUUAGUUAAAAAAUCUGACAGAAAACUGAUAACACCUCCAGUCUUGAUCAUUGAUGGAAACAAAGGCAAAACGGACGUUAGAACAUCGUUUGCUGAUGUAAAAAGUGAAAUACUCAAGGCCAUUCCAAAUGUUAGUUCUAGACUUGAGGACAAGGAAGAAAAUACUUCGACAGCAAUGCAUUUGACCUGAUCUGAUUCUUUGCAAAUUAUUUUGAAAUGAUGGACCACUUUUUGCUCUCAUUUGAGUGGAAUGAAAGUGUCAAUCAAAGUAUCUAGUGAACUUUUGAAACGGGAAACCACAUUUUGGUCUCAUUCGAGUGGAAUUGAACUGCUGAAGCGGGGGACCACAUUUCGCUCGUAUUUGAGUGGAAUUGAAGUGUCACUGGAAGUUUCUAAUCAGCUUUUGAAAAAAGGGACCAUGUUUUACUCUUAUUUGAGUAGAUUUGAAGGGCUUGGAAAAUCAACUUAUUGAGUCAACUGUUGCGAUGAGGGUUCAUCUCUUAAUUGUGUUAAGUCAGAUAUGCCAAUCAAUACAUAUAUAGGCUUCAACUGAUUGUUUUCGCGAGCAAAUACUUGUUCAAAGUUAAAGCAGGGUAAAGAAAUAUUUAGAAACAUUUAUGGACAUUACUGGAUCAUUCUGUAGUUGUGCUAAUGAAAACUUGCAAGUUUACUUUUCUUUUUAUUUGGCAUUUAUUUAUAUGAGGAAAUAUUUUAUGACCUUUAUGAUAAUUUUGGUGUACAAAAAACCUGUGUUGAGAUAUUUAAUUCCAAUAAUUGUUCAUUUGUGAUUGUACAUUUUAAACAUUGAAUCCAGAUAAGCAGACAUGAAAUUAAGGUAGCCAAUCUGCAAUUGUCAUUUUAAGACGCCAGGUGACCGCAUAUUAUUUAAGUAUCAUUUGAAGGGAAGUUAGGUCUAGAGAAAGAAUUAUAUAAAAGCAGUGUAUCAAAAGUAGUAUUACUAUUAAGCUUUUUUGAUUAUAAUUUUUUAAUGAUAAAAGAUUGCAACAUUGGCCAGCUUCUGUAGGAUUUCAGUUGAAAUAAAGAACAAAAAUAUCAACUGAAGUAACUUCAUGUACAAUGUGUUUUUAGUUGGUUAUUAUUUUAGUAAUCAGCAAGUAGUAGACGCUCUACUCUGGUACCUAAAAUAUAUAUGAACACAUGUAAUUGUCAUCAAAGUACAACAUUACCGCUAUUGACACGAUAUAAUCAAUAGCUUAUUAUGAAUCUGGUACCUUAAACAUUCUGUUUUAACAGAGUAUUAUUGUGCAUUUUAUUCAAACAAUGUGUUCAUAUUGAACUCUCCACAAUUUAUAUUUAUCUAUUUGGUCAUAUGUUGUCUGUUCCAUGUUGUACAUUUGUAUAUUGCUAGUUAAGGCUGAUAAAAUGUGGAGUAAUAGAAAACAUGGCAAUAAUUAUAACUGUUGUAACUGUUGCGAUUUACAAGUGACAUGGUAUGUGCAACUUCAAUUCUCUGUGUGGUUUCACAACGUUGUACAAAUUGUAGCAUACAAUAUAAACUUAGUUAUAUAAGUUUGUGGUUGAGUUAUUCUUUUUCAGUCUCGUGAUGAAAAACGACCUUUGGUGGAUUCAUUGGAUGUGCUCUCUUAAGGUUGUACUUUUACAUGUAGCUUAACAUAAAUAAUACAUUGUUUUAAAAUGAAUGAUCUAUCUUCUAUGAAGAAAUAUUGUUAUGUUAAGGACAAUCUGAUCACGAAUCAUCUCGUAUUAAUAAACAUGUAAA